AUGUCCACCCUCGCCGAUGCCAACAAUCUGGCCGCUGGCGGCCUACCAGUGAUCACGGACCCUGACCCCGUCAACGACGCUACAUUCGUUUAUCAUGUCGAUCUAUUCCUCGUCGCUCUCCUAGCGUGCGUCGUCGUCUCGAGGUUACCUCAAGCGAUCGCACUCUUCAGCUCGUCGGAUUGGUACAAUGGUCAUUUCCUUCGCCACGUUCCUUACCGUCGUUCCACGACCAUCGUCCAAGGGUUCAAGAACGCCUAUCCCCCGCCGUUGAAGGGGCAGUGGUCGGAAGACUCGCAUUCGUCGGCUUCCUCGCAUACGUCUGGGUCUUCAUCCAAGAUGAAGCGUCUUGAUAGGCAUGGUGCACAGAUCGUGCCAAUUUAUCCGACGCACAUCGCGUCGUGCAUGCGCUUCGUACGGCCCCUCGUUGCGCCUCUUCGUGCUAGAAUCGUCCCAGGUUACUCGGUCGCACAGUUUCUGAUUAUGACGAUAUACUUUUGGGUCCUCAUAUACGCUUCCUUUUACAAGUCGAAUCUCUUUUUGGCAGCAGACCGCACUGGCUGGGUCGCCAUCGCGCAACUCCCCUUUAUUUUUGCCCUUUCCCAAAAGAAUAAUCUUCUGGGCUGGUUAAUGGGUUUGGGGUAUGAGAAGUUCAACUUUCUGCACAGGUUUGCAGGGAGAUUGAUUGUGCUGGCUGCAAACAUCCACAGCAUCCAUUAUUUUUACGUGUGGUCUCUUACGGGUACUUUCCAGCAAAAUAUCCUUCGUCCAUCUAGCAUAUGGGGCUUGAUUACCCUCAUUUGCGUCGACCUGAUCUUCUUUUUCUCGACGUCUUUUUGGAGACAAAAAGCCUACAACAUCUUUCUCGUCACUCACAUCAUCGGAUUCAUCCUCAUCCUUCCCGCAGCUUACCUCCACAAAGUAGCCAUGGCACCUUACGUCUUCACCUGUGCCGGUAUCAUGGGCUUCGACCUCCUCUUCCGCUUAGUCAAAUCACGGAUACACACCGCCACGAUCCGGCCCAUAUCCCAAUUGGACCUCACGCGCGUCGAGGUGCACGGGAUCAACGCGGGCUGGCGUGCGGGGCAGCACGUCCGGCUUCGCGUGCUUUCCAUGGGAAUGGGGUGGUGGGGGUGGACUGAGAUUCAUCCGUUCACCAUUGCGAGUAUGAGUGGAGGCCAGGAAGGCCUCGUGUUGAUGUGUAAGAAGACGGGGUCGUGGACGAAGAAGCUUUAUGAAAUUGCGAAAGAGGGUGGGUAUACUGAGGGAGGGGUUGGUAGGGACAUUAAGGUUAUGAUUGAGGGGCCGUACGGCGGCCCUGGACACACGAUUUUCGCGAGCUUCUCAGGCGCAGUGUUCGUAGUUGGAGGUAGCGGAAUCACAUUCGCCCUCUCAACAGUGCAAGACCUCGUACAGAAAGACCUAAAAGGCCAAAGCAGGCUCAAAAUCAUCGAACUCAUCUGGGUAGUCCAAGAUCCUGCGUCCCUCGUUCCCCUGCUCCCCACAUUCACGACCCUAGUCCAACAAAGCGUCUUCACGCCGUUACAUAUAUCGGUGUACUACACCCGCGCGGCGGUGGGUAAGUUCCCGUUCCCGCCUGACUUUUAUCACCCGGGCAUAUCACUUGCUCCUGGCCGGCCAAGAAUUGCGAAGGUGAUUGAUUCGACGUUGUGUCGUGCUGUUAGUCUGGGGUCCGGGAUCAAGGAUAAGGAGAGGAUUAUGGGGCUUGUGGUGGGUGUGUGUGGGCCUGUGGAGCUUGCGGAUGAUGUUGUUAAGGCUGUGGGGAGUGUUGAGCCGACGAGGAGGGAUCAGGUUGGGGGGAUUGAGGUUCAUGAAGAGGUGUUUGGGUGGUAG